UUUUUGCAUAAUCUCCUUUGAGAAAGAUGAGAACGUACAUUCUCUGUUUGCCUGCAUGUGGGAGUGCCUUUGGUAGCAAGAGAAAACAGAAAAAGAAUUGCCUCUUUUUAUUGUGUUCUUGCUACUUUGCAAACUACUUUUUUGCAAUAAAUAUUUCUUUGUUUUCCCGUUGCAGAAAUGUUUUAUUGGCUGGUUGCAUAAUGCCGUAUGUGGCAGCAUGUAAAAUGAAACUAUUGUGUAUUGUUUGUACUGUGCUGACGAACUAAAUUUGGAUGUGGUUGAGUAACUGGUUAGACAGGUUAUGAGUACCUACUGUAUGUAGCAGUUAUAGAAUUAAGUUGUCUUACUUAAAUAGUUUCAGUUUUUCUAUAUCUUUAAAGCUGAACAAUUAGUGCAUUGAAAUGAAUUAUUCUAUCAAAGUUGGUUCUUUAAUGAUUUUUGCUUUAUUUAGGAGCUUUUCCUUUAUUUUUGAAAAAUCAAAAAGUAUAUGAAGAUAAUUUUCAAUAUUUCAAUCAAUAAUUUCAAGCCACGUGGUUUAAUUCAUUGCUGUUGUUUCAUGGUAUAUAUUGAGGAGAAUGAAUGAAUAAUAAGUGUCUUACAUUUCAUGUUACUGCGGAGCUGACAAGUCUGUGGACAUGAAAGAACUUUCCACGUGCAGUCUUGAGUCUCUAUCAAGACAAGUUACUACAUAUGCAGAUAAUCUGCUGGUAAUACAGUACAUGGAUAUUGAAAAUAAAUUUAAAACUAUAAAAAGCCUUUAAAAUCUAGACCAGGAAAGUGCAGGAUGUAGUGUUCCAUCUGGUAAAUGUGUAUCCUAAAUGAAGAGCAGUUAAAGCUCUUCAUCAAAAGAAAACAAAAUUGGUCUCACACAACUGUUGCAACCCCACACAACUGUUGCAACCCCAAAUGCUUACAACUGAGAAAAGUUUUAUGCUUUACUUAAAGGAGGGAGAGGACAUUUUAGAAAAUAUAACCGGCAGAUAUGUUUAAUUUAGAUAUCUGAAGUGAAAUUCAAAGAACAGUAACUACUUAAAUUAUGGAAAUGUUUUCAAACUUCAGGAAGAUGGAGUAGAGUGUAGAAAGUUCCUGUUUUAAUCUAAACGAGAUCUUGUUAGCCAAAAGUUUCCCGUGUUCUGUACAAAAGCCUGUGGUAGUUAGCAAAUAAAUGAAAGAUAUUAAUGUUGAUGUUACGUUUUUCCAGUUAAAAAAAAAAAAAAAAAAAAAAAAAAAAAAAAAGCUUCUUUCUGGUCUUUCAAGGGCAAUCAAACUGUAUUUAUUUUUACAGUAAACUAACUUGUUUGUAAUAAGAAAUAAUCAUCCAGUCUUAACUAUGGGUAUAGAUAGUCCUGCUUUCCAGGAAGACUUCGGUUAUUCUCUUGAGGUGCAUUGUAAAUCCAAUCUUACUUGGAUCUGCUUGUUUUUUUAGAAUCUAUUGAACUACAUUGAUUCUUACCUUUGUGAACUUAAGUCAACUGCUGCUUCUAAAUGGGAAAAUGAAUGAAAAUAAUUGCCUUUCGUUGCCAUGUGUUUAAUGUGUUUUUGGUUUUUUUUUAUAUAACUAGGCUAACUGCAGUAUAUAGUAUAAGUAGGCACAGCAUAUUUACUUAUUUGGGAAGCAGUAUACAUGAGUCCAGGAUAGCCAUAUCUUUUGAAUUUGGGAACUAUAAGAAAUGUUACAAAAUUCUGCCCCCAAAAUGCUACACUAAAGACUAAUGCACUUUAUUCAGAUAAUUUAAUGAAGUUACAUAACAAGAUAUUUGGUGGUACCAGAACAGAAGGGUGUGCAACUCUCCCCUGCAAAAUAGUUUUUGCUAAAUCUAUGCUAGCAGAGACUUGCCCACUUUGUACGGGUGGGGUUACUGGCUAAAAUCCUUCUGGCUUAUGAUUUAUGCAGUUGUUUUGAACUCAGCUACAAAGCUAUCAUGGCAACUUUUCAAAUGCAGCUAGAACAAACUUUAUCUGAAUUACAUAAAACGGUUGUUCAGCAUUUAGAGUGGGCAUCUUAAAUGCUGAAUAGCAGCAACAGAGAUUGCAGGUUCUUCGGGGGAAAUUGUGAUUCUUCAUCUCUCUAAGAGGAGGGAGCAAUAGUUCUUACUGAAAGCACAGAGGAAAUUAGUUGAUAUUAUCUAGCAGUUUCCUACUAAAAAAAAAAAAAAGCUUCAACAUUCUGCUCUUUUUCUUGUCCCUGUCCAUGUGCUUCUACAAUUUUUUUUGUAUUCACUUUCAUAAUUUUUCAUAAUUUUGACCCAGUGACUGGAUAGAAAGCAAGGAGGGUUAUAAAAAGAAGAGGAUGUUCGUCUUUUCUUUGUUGUGUUUUUUUCCUCUGUGUUACUGAAUUGAACCAGCUCACAAAAGAGGUCAAGGUAGGUGUGGAUGCUCAUUUGACCUAGCUGUUUAUAGAGCUGCAGCUGAAGAAAAUAUCACCUGUAUGUUUCCCUGACUUGUAAUACUACAGUAUCAAACUCAACAUUUUGCUUACCUAAGAAUACUUGCACUACUACAGACUCUAAGAAACAACGUUUUCUGUCUUGAAGACAUUUGCAAUUUCUUUAAAACAAAGUAGGAUUGUCUUGUGAAAGUUAAUGGCAAAACUUGAUAUCAGUCCUUAGGUAUCCUUGUAUUAUGCUGUAAGAAAAAUGUUUCCUUGUCCUUCAGUCAUACUCAAAGAUAAGAGAAAACUUUCUGGAGGCUGUCUGGGAACAAGACCCCAGUUUGGUCUCUCUGAAUUACCUUCCAAUUUUGCCAUCAAGUCUUACCAUCAAGCUUGUAAAAGAUAUGGAACUGCUGUGUGAAUUGUUAGCUCCCUUGCACCUUAGAUAGAGAAGAAUUUGUCUCUAAUAAUAAAAAACAAUCCUAUUUCUAGAAUUAUCUUUAAAAAAAAUACUUAUACUAUGACAAUCCAUUUCUAAUAUAUUUGUACUGUAUACAAAUUGUGGAACGUGAUUGGAAAGCAAAAGUAAAUUUUGCUCUAUGAAGUAGCUUAUAUUGGCCCAUAUCAGAAAGCACCAGCCAUGCAUAAUGUAAAUGCACCGGUGCUUUGAAAUUAGUGUUGUUGCUCUUGUCAGUUGUGCUAGUUCAGUUUGAAAAGUCUGCACUUAGAGAUUUCACCUCCACAGUUUGCGUGCAUUUGGUAUAGUAAUUACCACAAGUAAAAACACUCUUUGCUAUUUCUGUUCUGCACUUGAUUGGUUUAACAGAUACUUGUUGCCAUUGAAGUUCUAUGUUUAUUUUGCCAAAAUACUGAUCUGUGUGGCAGUGUCUGUCUUAUAUCAGACCUGCACCAAAUCCUGAAGGACCGGUCAGAUGGCUGCAUUGCAUAAACCUAAUUGUCUUCCAUCAAGUAAAUUCUGUUGCGGAGUACAAAGGACUUGGCCUUAGGGUUCUUUCUGUCUUAAACACAUGGAAACUGAAAUUAUUAAAUGCAAACAGGAGUUAAUUUCAGUGCUUUCCUCCUCUCUGAUGUAAUUUUAUGGCCAGCUUCUACCUGGGUGUACAUAGCAGGUGAAUGUGUGCUAGACAAAGACUUGGUGAGGCACAGUGGAGACUCUUUUUAAAAAACACUGGAUUAAAGGAAUGCAAGGAGGAGCUAUAAAAGAGUAAAAACUUGAAUUCAGUGUGUUUUGACGUGAACCUAUUCUGGUUUUCUGUUGUCUUGUACUUGAAGAAGCAAGAAUCCUAUCUUUUUUGCACAGUUCAAAUCUGGUAUAUAUCUGUUUGCUUCUCAGGAACUUUGCUGGCUGGCAAGGUUCAUUCCUUCAGCUUUCAAUUGCCUGAGUUAUCUGAUCUUAAAUGAAUUUCAGCACUUGUUUAUAACAUGCAGUAACUUCUUGCCAGCUGCUGGCUUAGUGUUUCAGAGUUUGAAAUGUGUUCUGUGCUGCUCUAGUUAGAAGGCUUGAGAUUUUUAGAGCGUGCUCUCAAGUGCAGCUUAUCUAUACAGGAGCUGCUAAGUCGAACAUCACUAGAGACUCAGAAAUUAGAUUUAAUGGCUGAAGUUUCCGACUUGAAGAUUAAGCUUGUUGGCAUGGAAAAGGAACAGAGUGAAUACGAAGAGAAACAGAACAAAGCUGAGUCGGUAGUGAACCUGAUAAGUGAGCUACAGGAGCAGAUGUGUAGACUGCAGCUGGAAAUUAAUAGUAGAAUCCAAGAAAGAAAAUCCCAAGAUAGGAAAUCCAGUGUGACACCUAAUGGUCCUCAGUCUAGCCCAACAUCAGUGGUAGAGACUGUCAGCCGGAAGAAUUGCUCUCAGUGUGAUGUACAAGAGGGUUUGCUACAGGAACUCAGACACCUCAAAAUUAAAGUGGAAGAACUGGAAAAUGAAAGAAAUCAGUAUGAGUGGAAAUUAAAAGCAACUAAAGCUGAGAUAGCCCAGCUUCAGGAGCAAUUAGCUCUCAAAGAUGCAGAAAUUGAACGCUUACAAUGUCAGCUAUCUAGGACCUCAUCACAUAGCGAAGUUGCAGAAAGAGAGGAAGUUUAUAAGAGAAGGCUAAAAAAAAACCAUCAAGAAGUACAACGGUUGAAGAUAGGAAUGGAAUCAUUAUUGGCUGCAAAUGAAGAAAAGGACCGGCGAAUAGAGGAGUUAACGCUACUGCUAAGCCAGUACAGGAGGGUCAAGGAGAUAAUGAUUGCAGCUCAAGGCUCUUCGGACAGAAUUGUCGCUGGUGGCAGUGAAGAAGAACUUGAGGCAACUUUAAGGAAGUUGAAUGUUUUGAAUAAUCCUCAAGGAGAAGUGUUUAAAGCAGAGGCCUCUGCAGGAGAAUUGUCACCAGCUUUGCUAUCUCCAGUGACGCACAAAACUACGGAAAUCAGGGUUCCACAGAAAAAAAAGUCAAGUAGCUUAGAAGACUUGCAGAGUGAAUCCCUGGAAAAGUAUGUAGAUGGAAAACCAGUACAGCCUGUUGUAGAACAAGAGAGUAAGCCACUUGUGAAAGGCAGCAAAUAUCAAACUUUGCCAGGAAAACUUCCUCGACCCAUGCAGAAUGGAGACCAGGGGACAUAUAAUGAGUCAAAUUCACCUGACACGAAUGACACUGAGUACAACAGCAUCCUGGGCCUGAGUAUGUAUCCGUAUCUGAAUCGCAUCAGGAGUGUCAGUGCACCCGUGCUAGGAGAAACAGAGAACAUGGACGGUACAGUAGUUUCAGAUGAUCUUUCACCUCUUUCUUUGGGAAUGGAUUCAGGUCCACAGUCUCCACUGUCUCCAGAAAACAGAAAGAGUCCAAAAGGAAUCAAGAAAAUCUGGGGAAAAAUAAGAAGAACUCAGUCUGGUAACUUCCCUGCAGACGAUCUGGGUUUGGCAGAGUUUCGAAGGGGUGGUCUCCGUGCAACAGCCGGACCUCGGUUAUCCAGAUCAAAGGAAACCAAAGGCCAGAAAAAUGACUACAAUGCUCCAUUUGCUCAGUGGAGUACUGAAAGAGUUUGUAACUGGCUUGAGGACUUUGGUCUUGGGCAGUACGUCAUUUUUGCCCGGCAGUGGGUAACUUCAGGCCAUACACUGUUAACUGCGACACCUCAGGACAUGGAAAAGGAAAUGGGAAUAAAGCACCCACUGCACAGGAAGAAAUUAGUUUUGGCCAUUAAAUCAAUAAACACAAAACAAGAUGAGAAGUCUGCACAACUCGAUCAUAUCUGGGUGACGCGCUGGCUUGAUGAUAUUGGUUUACCUCAGUACAAAGACCAGUUUCAUGAGUCCAGAGUUGAUGGGAGAAUGCUGCAGUACUUAACUGUGAACGACCUUCUCUUUCUAAAAGUCACCAGUCAGCUGCAUCAUCUGAGUAUUAAGUGUGCCAUUCAUGUGCUGCACAUCAACAGUUUUAACCCCCACUGUCUACGCAGACGACCAGUUGAGGAGGUAAAAAGCAAUGUUUCACCUUCUGAAGUGGUGCAGUGGUCCAAUCACAGAGUGAUGGAAUGGCUCAGAUCAGUUGAUUUGGCAGAAUAUGCACCAAACCUCCGAGGAAGUGGAGUGCACGGUGGCCUCAUUAUUCUUGAACCUCGCUUCAACGGUGACACACUGGCAAUGCUGCUGAAUAUUCCACCUCAGAAGACCCUACUGCGACGCCACCUAACAACCAAUUUUAAUGUAUUAAUUGGGCCAGAGACACAGCAAGAAAAAAGGGACAUAACGGAGUCAACAGCUUACACACCUCUGACCACCACUGCCAAAGUUCGGCCAAAGAAACUUGGAUUUUCACAUUUUGGAAAUUUAAGAAAAAAGAAAUUUGAUGAAUCAACGGACUAUGUUUGUCCCAUGGAUACAAACCCAGGUGCUACAAAUGGUACUCAGAAGAACUACACUGGAUACAAAGGCCUUAGUCCACUCACUGAUAGGGAACUGGAUCAGAUGGAACACUCAGAAGGAACAGUAAAGCAAAUAGGGGCUUUUUCUCAAGGCAUAAGCAAUCUUACGGUACGUACCAAUUUUAUUCCUUUUGAAGUCACAAAUGUAAUCUGCUACAACUCAGUGAAAUUCGGGUAUUGCUAGUGGUGGUUAAGAGUAAGUGGGUCACUACUCUUGUUAUGCACCUCCUUUAUAGCUUGGUUGCAUGCUAUAUGCAUGCAUGGACACUCAAAAAAAAAGAAUCACUUUUACUAGAAAUUAAGUUUCACUUCAGCAUCUUCUAAGUUUUCACCAAUUUAUCUCUGUGACACAGUAAGAGGCAUCCCUCCCAAGGACUGGCAAAGAGGUAAGACUUGAAGAUGUACAAGAGAGAAAAUAUGACAGGGAAAUAAAUAACUAUGUACUCCUGACUCCAUGUUGGUCCAUUUUUGUUAAAUUAGUUAAUUGACUGAAGGUGUAUGAACAAUGCCACACAUCUGUGUGAAAAUUUCUACUUUUGCUAUUUAAAGCAGCCAUUUGGGAGAUUCCAAUUUAAUUUUGCGUGGCUCUAACCCCCUCUGUUGUAAAUCUGAUCUCAUUACAGUUGGAUUUCUCUAAACUCUAGUUAUUUCUCUAAACUAUGGACAUAGAGUAGACUAUGUCUACUUGUUUUAAUAUUGCUGUGAUUUUUUUCAGACAAUGUUAAGCCAAGAUGAAAUGCUAAACGACAGCAGAUUUUUAACACCUACCUUAGAAGACUGGAGAUGAUAUUUCAGCGUGACCAAGACCACUAAUACCUCAUGCCUGCCUGGGGCAGGCCAGGAGAAGCCUGAUGCUGUGGUACAGAAAAGCUUUACCUCUUUUCCUCUAGUGACACACACCACAUAGUAUUUAGUAUUGCUAGCAGAGCAACACUUCACAGGUAACUCCUCUGCACUCUUUCCAUAUAAUAUAAUGUAAAAGAGGUGCUGAAAGAAGUGCUACACAGUUGUUUUUUAUGCAGAGUCUGGAAAGCCAGUAUGUUUUACCCUUAUAUUUUAUCAUCUUUUACAUGGUAUGUUUAUGUACUGCUAUAGAAAAAGUCUUUUAUAUAUAUUUUUUUUAUUUUUAUAAUUAAGUUGUAAUGCAGGAAUCAUUAAUAUUCUAUUAUACCACAUGGACUAAUCAGAGCCACCUAGCAAUUCAGAUGUGCUGGCAAGCACACCUGUCAUGGCUCACUAUUACUGCAGUCAUGCCAGAAAUACUUUGCCAUAGAAGGACCCUCACCCCUUUCACUAGAACAUACCCUGCCCUUUUUUGUUGUUCAAUAAGCAUGGUUUAGAAUAGGAAAAAUAAAAUGUAAUUGUAUCCAACCAAGCCCUUGCAGGAGAGUGACAAUCAAGAUGGCUUGUUCACAAAUCUUUAGCUAACUCAAAGCACAAUCAAAAUAACUAAUGUAAAAUAAUUAAUGCAAAAUAUAACUAGAAUACUAGGAUGAUGCUUGCUGUACUCUGCAACAAGAUUUUCUUUGUGAUUGCUUUAAAUUGUAGGCCUUAAAGUGUUGAUAGGGCUUUUUCUGUAAUUUCCUGUUUUGUCUAAAAUGGUUAGUACUGAGGCACAUGUGGAAGCAUCAGGGUGCUCAUAAGCCUUCUGAACAAUCCACACAAUUCAGAGAGAACACUCUCAGCAUAAUACCUGGUUGAUAUAAGAUGCAGCACAGUUUUCAGGAAGACAAGGAAUAAGUUAUAAGAGCUAUAAGAGGUUAAAGCUAAUGAAACAAAUGCCUGUAAACAGCCUUUAGGAUUGGAGCUGGUAGUAGAAACUGUAAUAUUUGCAUAAGAACUGGUCAUAUUAUUUUACACUUUCAGUUCUUUCAUUCCAGCUACAGGCAGAUUUUCACAUAGUGUUUUAUUUAGCAGUGGGAAAUCAAUACUAUUGCUCUGUCACAUGUAAAACAUGACUAGGGCACAUCAAGGACUAUAGUAAAGCAAACUUGUUUCUUUUGACAAAAUAAAUCUGUAGCAAUCACAUGGAGGUAGGUAAGACAGCAGUACUGUGACAGGGAGAUGCAGCUUCUGCCUACUUACACAAGGGGCAGUUCAAGGGUGAAAGUGUUGUGUUCACAGCUGCAACUGCUUGUGCAAUCUGAUAGCACAUGCCUUUUAUGUAUUAAUAAGGUGAUUAAUAACUAACAUUGUAUCUUAUACAGAGAAAUGCCAAAAAAGAAAUCCGUCCAACUGGAAAGAAAAGGCUUUUUAUGAAUAUGCAUGAUUUGCAUUACUUCCUCCUUUCUUGCUGCGAGAUGUUGGUUUAUCUACUGAUAUAAGCCCAAGGGUGGGCUACUCCUAGCCACAAACCUUCCAAAAUAAAUGGGAAAUCUCAGGUGCUGUCCAGAGCAUGCCCAAAAUGUUAAAGUUAAGGCUGAUUUUUUUUUUCAGUCACUGAAGAAUUAAGUAAAUAAAAAUCCAAAGGAGCGAUACGUGAAUCUGCACAUGAACAAACUAAACAUGUCCCCUCUGAUCUGGCAAUGGAGUAGUGCAGUCAGCGCUAGCGUGGGCAUAUACUAACAGACACAUGAAAUACCCUGUCAGAUUAACUGAUCAAAUUCAUCCUAGUCAUAAUACUAUAACAACUGCUCUGGCAGGGGCAGCCUUAGUCUCAAUGAGCUAUUCCAAGCAGCUUUCCCUUUUUCUUUUGAGGGAGUAUUUAUAACUCACUGUAGUGUUGUGCUAAGCUUGAUGUGAAUAUCUCCUUUUUUAAUAUAGUAAGAAAUCCUAGUUAUAACACAGGCAUACAUGCCUACAUCUUUGACUGUUAUGAAUAAAUUCUGAAUAUUCUUCUAUUACUUCCUGACUGGAAUGAUUCUAACAGAAACAGAGGUAGCUGAUCUCUUAUCAGUGACAGAAUCGCAGUUGUGAAUGUCUGUGACUUCCUCUGCAUUAUUACUGCAACUUCACUAAGUCAAGCUUUAACUACUAAACGGUUGAUUUUGCUUCAGAGGAAUUAAAAUAUUUAGUAAGCACAGUUGUUUGCAACUGAAGAAUCAAGUCUACUGUCUUUGAGAUUUUUCAGACCUUACAGCAAUUGCAGCAUGAACUAAUUCCUGAAAAUGAAUAUGCAGUACUGCAUGCACUGAUGACUAAAAAUUCAAUGCUACAUGGUAAAAAUACUCAGACAAGGUACAGCUGAAUGUAAGACCAACUCAGCAAGGCUUAAAAUAGGAAUGAAGAAGCCAUGCUUUCUCUUAAGCAAAGGGAAUGGCCACAACAACAAGCACUCAGGCCAUCAGAAAACAGCAUGAUGUUACAGAAUCCUUCUCCAUAACUUCCACAUGAAUGAGAAUUACUAUUACAGUAAUAAGCAAUUACAUAUUACCUAAAUUUUGAUUAGAUGCUUUUUAGUGACAUACUGUUGGCAUUUUGUUUAAAGUCUUGUAAAGGGCUGCAGAACAGCAUUUUGAGAAAACACUGUUCCUUGUUCUCACCUUCACCAGAAUAAAUUAAUUACUUACA